AUGGUCUGGACCACGACGAAUCUUUUCAAGGGGAUUGACUGCCCAGCAGGAAUCAAAUGCACCCUCACCAGCUGCAUUUACACGCAUCACACGCCGGCGGAGCCUGCCUCAAAUCAGCAUGCUUCACCUGCAAAUCUUGCCAAACCAAGCAACACGUCACACGACGCGGCCGAACCUGCAACUAAGCGUCGCAAAAUCACCUACGAGACUCUUGCGGAGAAGCCACCAAGCAGAGCGGAUCUCAUCAGGGAUCAAUUGGCAGCUGUCAAGUCGGCAGUGAAGCCAGCCGACAAACAGGGAGUUCAGUCCGCUGUGACUCCGCCAGUCACACUGACAAAGCCCAUUUCUCCUCCGCAAGCAAAUGCAAAACCGACAAAGCUCGCGGCGACGCCGACCAAGGCAGCAAACUCGACAAGCGCAAUGCCCAUUGCGGCAACAAAGGCUCCAGCAAACAACGUCAAACCGGCAGUCGAAGAAACCCUGAACCCUCGAUUGAUUGCGAACGAUCCUGCGGGACAUCAGAAGCGGCUGGUUUUCUUGAAGGCCCUCCACGUCGAAAUGGUGCGCCUGAACACGAAAGUCCGCGAGACUGUCACCGCCGACAUGGCACCUACCGUGGUGCUUACCGAACAAUUCAUGAUCAAGCUGGCACUCGACGAGGAGGAAAAGUGUGCGCGCGAACAGCCUUCCGUGUACUCCAAUGUCAUCAAACAACGCAUCUCGGGCCUCAGAAAGAUGACCAUCGAUGACUGGAUGAUAUAUGUGAAGACUCUGCAUGCCAAGCCAGAGCCUCUACCGGCGAAGAAACAAAACCCCAAGGCAAUCGUCACCGGUUUGGAGCCAGAUCAGGAGCCUUUGAUUCUACCACAUCUUCUCGCCGAUCAGAAGACUCUGGCUGCAUACGGCUACGUUCCCGUACCUCCUUCACCUGAAGAAGCUGCGCAAUGCGCCGCUGCUGUCGAGGCCAGUGGAAACUAUGAGACGUGCGAACGAUGCGCAGCUCGCUUUCGGAUGUUUCCAGAUCGCAAUGCAGACGGCGCUCUUACAUCGGGCGGUUCCUGUCGGUACCACCCAAACAGGCUGGUGACGCCGCCUAGCUCUAAGGGUGAUCGCGAGCUGGCUCCCAAAGAGAAGUUUUUCCCAUGCUGCAAUGAGAAGGCCGGCUAUCCUGGUUGCACCACAAGCGAGGACCAUGUCUUCAAGACGACGAGUGCGGGACGACUCGCUGCCAUUCUUCCAUUCAUCAAUACACCCGACAAUCCUGCACCGGCGAAAGACAAGCAUGGGCGCACACCUCCAGCAGUGACGUUCGAUUGUGAGAUGGGAUAUACGACUUAUGGUCUUGAGCUCAUCCGCCUCACUGCGGUAUCGUGGCCGUCCGGAGAGCAGCUUCUCGACAUACUCGUCCGGCCACUCGGCGCCAUCAUCGACCUCAACAGCAGAUUCUCCGGCGUUUUCCCUGAGCACUUUCAGAAUGCCAUCCCUUACGAGGAGUGGAAGGAGUCGCCGCCGAGUAAUUCCGAUCCAACCAUCCUUCCAAUAGUCGAUCAUCCACGACGCGCCCGAGAGCUCCUCUGCAGCUUUCUCACGCCCACGACACCCCUCAUGGGACACGCGAUCGACAACGAUCUCAACACCGUUCGCCUCUGUCACCCGACCAUUGUCGACACGAUCGUCUGCUUCCCUCAUCCUCGCGGACUGCCCUUUCGAUUCGGCCUCCGCAUGCUGACCCAGCGACACCUUGGUCGUUCGAUCCAAACGGGAGGAGAUCGUGGCCACGACUCACUGGAGGACGCAAGGGCGACGGGAGAUCUGGUGCGUGUCAAGGUCGGCCAGAAGUGGAAGAUGAUGCAAAGUGCUGGAUGGACACUGAGCAACAGCCAGCUCGUGCCGCCGGUGAAGAAGCAAGAGAAGACGUACGAUGAGCGGUUGGAAGAUGUCGUGCGCGAGGAAAAUGAAGCAACGGGGGAGACAGCUACGAGCGGAGCGGGUCAGAAACGCAAGAAGGAAGUCAUGGCGGAGAGCGAGUCAGAGGGUGGACGUGGACAUGAGUCCAGAAGCGAAGCUGUGAACCCUAAAAGAAGGUAG